UUUCCAAGAUGGCUGCCUCCAUGGUGGUCCGAAAGUUAAAAGUUGGGGUAUUCAGAAAUGCUCUUUCUCGAUCUAAAGUGUCAAUUCCUGAACGAUUUAAAGAGGGCUGGAUCGGUAAAGCAAGCACAUAUGUAUCAAAUGUUGCACGUGAUUACAAGGGUGCAACAGUAGAUAUUUUCACCGAUGCCAGAGCUCGCCCAGUCAAAGCUGCCGUCUACGCAACUGCCUUCUGUUGCUCCGUCGUAGCAUUGUGGAACAACCCCGACGAGAAAUCCUACCACGUAUCACUGCAGAAUGCCUGCAACGAUGUACUUCUCUUGAGUGAUGCAAUCAGGAACCCAAAGACAAAUGCAUACAUCCAGUCGUUGAUGAUGCUUCGGAACGAGGGGCAGAUCCGGCGGAUGAAUUUAGUGGUAUGCUCCAUCAUGUGGAGGGACAAUUACAGUAAAGAGGUGAAUCUGUACGACUCACAGUGCGACUACAUGAAACCGGGCUGGAGGGAUUUUGAUAAGCGGAUCUUGGAUGUUGGCUUUAUGAACAGAUGGUUUUUCUUGGAGAAAAACAUGGUGGACUUUGACAUCAAUGAGGAGGAAUUUGAGGGAAAGAUGAGCUAACUGGAAGACUGAAAUAAGAGUCUGACCAGGGUUUAAUUUGGAUAACUUUCCACCACUUUUUCACUCAUUUUUAUAAAAAAGGGCUAUCUCAUUAAGGUAAAUUAGAUAC